GGGAAUGAAUUAUCUUCAUAGACGUAAUCCCCCUAUAGUUCACCGAGAUCUAAAAUCUCCAAAUCUUCUUGUUGAUAAGAAAUAUACUGUGAAGGUUUGCGAUUUUGGUCUUUCACGUCUAAAGGCGAAUACAUUUCUUUCAUCAAAGUCGGCCGCUGGGACUCCAGAGUGGAUGGCACCAGAAGUUCUCCGUGAUGAGCCAUCAAAUGAGAAAUCAGACGUUUACAGCUUUGGUGUAAUAUUGUGGGAACUUGCCACGCUGCAACAGCCAUGGAGUAAUUUAAAUCCAGCACAGGUUGUGGCAGCUGUUGGUUUUAGGAACAAAAGGCUUGAGAUUCCGCGUGAUUUGAAUUCUCAAGUUGCUUCCUUAAUUGAGGCAUGCUGGGCCAAUGAGCCGUGGAAGCGACCUUCAUUUGCCAGUAUCAUGGAAUCUUUGAGACCGUUGACUAAACCUACUACGCCUCUUCCCGGCCAUCCAAAUAUGCAAUUACUAAGCUGAAGGGUCGUUGAAUAUUUGAUUAGUCUUAUUCAUGCACAUAGUACAGCAUUCUUAUUUGUUUUGAUAACUGGCAGGCCAUCACUGCCACUCAGAAUCUUCAAUAGUCUCAGAUUCAUUGAUGUCCUAUGUUUCUAUUACUAAUUACCGAUUGAGAAUACUGAUUCUUUUUUCACAAGGAACUCUACCACAAGUGUCGACAAGGUCUGCAUCAUAAUUUACCUCCCAGAAAUUAUAGUU